UGUCGCUGGAUUCUGUUCUGCGCUGCCUCGCGGUCACUCGCGACAUUUCUCUCGAACGAAACAAAAAAAAGGCAUCCGCCGUCGUGUGUCGUGUAAUCGUCGAGGAUGCGCAUAUUACGCGACGUAACGUAAACCAAGUGGGGUGAUCGGUACUAUGUAAUAUCGAUAUAUCGUGUACACGAGUGAAUUUCGCGUGCGAUAUAAUAAUGCGCUGCAGCUGCAGCUGCUGCUGGACGAAUCGGCCAUGGGCGGCAUGAAUGGGAUCGGGAGCUGGUGCGGCGCUACGGCGAUUAUCGUAGCGGGGCUCGUCUCGUUGCUGCUGAUCAAUGGUGCCACGAGCUUGAAAAAUUUGAAAAUAAUCGCGCCCGAGCGGGUGAGGGUGGGCGACUCGGCCCUGCUCACCUGCAGCUACGACCUCGAGGACGCCCAGCUCUACACGAUCAAGUGGUACUUCGAGGACGAGGAAUUCUUUCGCUACGUGCCCAAGAAGGAUCCGCCCCACGUCACCUUCCCGGUGCGCAGCAUACAAGUCAACGUCUCCGGCUCCAAUGCCCAGGACGUGACGCUGCUGGGCCUGAGGCGCGACCACUCGGGCCGCUACAAGUGCGAGGUGUCGGAGGAUCAGCCGCGCUACGACACCAAGCUCCAGGAGGCCGACCUGCUGGUGGUCGACGUGCCGGAGCUCGAGCCGAGGAUAGCCGUGGACAAGCAGCGCCUGGCGGACGGCGACACGCUCAGGGCCAACUGCACCUCGGGCGCCUCGCGGCCCGCGGCCAACAUCACCUGGAACGUCAACGGAAAGCCCCUCAACGGCAGCCGGAUGAAGUUCAGCGUGAGCAGCCACGUCAUGCAGAUAAUCAGCGACGACAGGCAGAGGUCCCGAUCGAUCCUCCGGCUGGACACGAGCAACUUGUUCCGGGACAAUCGAAUCCAUCUGAGAUGCUUCGCCGAGAUAAGCCCCGUGUACAAGGGCUCGGCUUCCUUGGAGAUCAUCCAAGACGGACCGUACGUCGCCUCGCCACACAGUCACCAAACCAACGGCACUGCUGCUGCUUUAUCGAUCUCGACCACAUUGCUGAGCUUCAUCCUUUUUGGAAUAGUCACGCCGUUCGCGAGAUGAUUAUCAACGAGGGACGGAGGACAUCGACGAUGGCAAAAGUAAAAAAAAAAA